AUGCAGAAGAGCGUGCGUUACAACGAGGGCCACGCGCUCUUCUUGUCGGCCGUGGCGCGCAAAGAGGGUACCAAGCGCGGCUACCUCAGCAAGAAGACGGCCGAGAACAGCCGCUGGCACGACAAGUUCUUCGCCUUGUACCAGAAUGUCCUCUUCUACUUCGACAACGAGCAGAGCGCCCGUCCCGCCGGGAUUUACCUGUUGGAAGGCUGCACCUGCGAGCGCGCGCCCGCACCCAAAAUGUCCACCACGGGGAAGGAAGCCUUGGAGAAGCAGCACUACUUCCUCGUGGUGUUCGGACAUGAUGGACAGAAGCCUUUGGAGCUGCGAACAGAGGAGGAGGUUGAGUGCGACCAAUGGGUGGAAGCCAUUCAGCAGGCCAGUUAUUCUGAUAUCAUCAUCGAGCGAGAGGUGCUGAUGCAGAAGUACAUCCACCUGGUACAGAUAGUGGAGACGGAGAAAGUGGCGGCAAAUCAGUUGCGCACACAACUGGAGGACCAGGACACGGAGAUCGAGAGGUUGAAAGCGGAGAUCAUUGCUCUUAACAAAACCAAGGAGCGAAUGAGGCCUUACCACGUCAGCCAUGAAACCGAAGACCCGGACAUUAAAAAGAUCAAGAAGGUGCAGAGCUUCAUGCGUGGCUGGCUCUGUCGCAGGAAGUGGAAAAUCAUCGUGCAGGAUUACAUCUGCUCCCCUCAUGCUGAGAGUAUGAGGAAGAGGAACCAGAUUGUCUUUAACAUGGUGGAAGCAGAGACAGAGUACGUCCACCAGCUCUACAUCUUGGUCAACUGCUUCCUCAGACCGCUGAGGAUGGCUGCCAGCUCCAAGAAGCCACCCAUCAGUCACGACGACGUCAGCAGCAUAUUCCUCAACAGCGAGACAAUCAUGUUCCUACAUGAGAUUUUUCACCAAGGCUUGAAGGCCAGGAUUGCCAACUGGCCCACUCUGGUGCUGGCGGACCUCUUCGACAUCCUGCUGCCCAUGCUGAACAUCUAUCAAGAGUUCGUGAGGAAUCAUCAGUACAGCCUGCAGGUUCUUGCCAACUGCAAGCAGAACAGAGACUUCGACAAGCUGCUCAAACAGUACGAGUCCAACGCCGCCUGUGAAGGGAGGAUGCUAGAGACCUUCCUCACCUACCCCAUGUUCCAGAUUCCUCGUUAUAUCAUCACACUGCAUGAGUUAUUGGCACACACGCCUCACGAGCAUGUAGAGCGCAAGAGUCUAGAGUUUGCAAAGUCCAAACUGGAGGAGUUGUCCAGAGUCAUGCAUGACGAGGUGAGCGACACCGAGAAUAUUCGAAAGAAUCUAGCCAUCGAGAGGAUGAUUGUUGAGGGUUGCGACAUCCUGCUGGACACCAGCCAAACCUUCGUCAGGCAGGGCUCUCUCAUCCAGCUGCCGUCGGUCGAGCGAGGCAAGCUCAGCAAGGUGCGACUAGGCUCGCUCUCCCUAAAGAAGGAAGGGGAGAGGCAGUGCUUCCUUUUCACAAAACACUUCCUGGUGUGCACGCGUAGCUCGGGUGGCAAACUGCACCUCCUCAAGCAAGGCGGUGUCUUAUCCCUGAUCGACUGCACCCUCAUCGAGGAACCGGACGCUGGAGAUGAAGAGGCAAAAGUUGGGGGUCAAGUGUUUGGCCAGCUGGACUUCAAACUGGUGGUGGAGCCGGCUGACUCUGCUUCGUUCACCGUGGUGUUGCUGGCGCCCUCGCGGCAGGAGAAAGCUGCGUGGACCAGCGAUAUUAGCCAGUGCAUAGAUAACAUCCGCUGCAAUGGCCUGAUGACCAGCGUCUUUGAAGAGAACUCCAAAGUCACCGUGCCUCACAUGAUCAAAUCCGAUGUGCGUCUCCAUAAAGAUGAUGUUGACAUUUGCUUCAGCAAGACGCUCAACUCCUGCAAGGUCCCGCAGAUCCGCUACGCCAGCGUGGAGCGUCUGCUGGAAAGGCUGACUGACCUGCGCUUCCUCUCCAUCGACUUCCUCAACACCUUCCUGCACACCUACAGGAUCUUCACCGCCGCCAGCGUGGUCAUGGACAAACUAGCCGACAUCUACAAGAAGCCAUUCUCUUCCAUUCCUAUCAGGGCGCAGUACCACUCAUUUGACCGUCUGUCCAUCUCAUCCAUCUGUCCCGACUACAGUCUGAAGAUCAAGAAGAUGGCCAUGGAUCCGUCCAAGUCCUUGGAACUAUUCUUCGCUACCAACCAGAACAACAGAAGUGGCGAGCAUAUGAACGAGAAAUCUCCUCAUCUCUGUCGCAAGUUCUCCUCUCCCCCUCCACUCUCCAUCUCCUCCCGCACUUCCUCACCCGUGCACGUCCGCAAGCUCUCCCUGCAUUCACCCGUCAGCGGCAGGGUGGCCGGCCUGGACUUAAGCGGUAAUCUCUCGGGAGUCAACCACAACGCGUCCCAGUCGGCCACCGGCAGCCCCACAUCGGCCCACACGCCACAGACCCCGACUUCACAGACCCCAACGCCAACCGCCACUUCUCCCCCUCCGCCUCUCUCCGCCACCUCUCCACUGCAAGACCAAAUGCCCCCAAUGGCCUCAUCUCCCGACCAGAGUCCGAGCCUGAGCACGGAAGGCGAUGACGUACCCAAGAUCGACCCUUUUUGUGGCAAACUGAGAAGAAGCAUACGAAGAGCUGUCUUAGAGUCCGUGUCACUGGAGAAAAUCAUUCCUGAGUCUCCUCAAGGCAGUGAAGCAGGAGACAUGUCCCCAUGUCGCUCUCCGUCCACGCCGCGACAUCUCCGCUUCAGGCCCCCGGGAGUCCAGUCAGGGGAAAACUCGCGCUGCGCAGUUUCUCCUGCCUCCGCUUUUGCCAUCGCCACAGCAGCAGCGGGGCAUGGCACACCACCAGUGUUCAACAACUCUGAAAGAACUUGUGAUAAAGAAUUCAUCAUCCGACGCGCUGCAACCAACAGAGUUCUAAACGUGUUGAGGCACUGGGUCUCCAAACACUCACAGGACUUUGAAAUGAACGGAGAACUGAAAAUUUCAGUCAUGUGCCUCCUGGAGGAAGUCCUCCGAGACCCGGACCUUCUGCCUCAGGAGAGGAAAGCCACUGCCAACAUACUUAGUGCCCUCUCUCAAGACGAGCAAGAUGAUGCCCAGCUGAGGAUUGAAGAUAUAUUGCAAAUGGCAGACUGUCCUAAGGUGGAGUGUUUUGAGUCAUUGUCUGCAAUGGAGCUGGCCGAACAGAUCACUCUGCUGGAUCACAUCGUCUUCAGGAGCAUCCCUUACGAAGAGUUCCUGGGCCAAGGCUGGAUGAAGUUUGACAAGACAGAGAGGACCCCAUACAUUAUGAAAACAAGUCAACAUUUCAACGAUAUGAGUAACCUGGUGGCAUCACAGAUCAUGACCCACACAGACGUGGGAUCCAGAGCCAGCUCCAUCGAGAAGUGGGUGGCUGUAGCCGACAUCUGCCGCUGCCUCAACAACUACAACGGUGUGCUGGAGAUCACGUCGGCGCUUAAUCGCAGUGCCAUUUAUCGCCUGAAAAAGACGUGGGCUAAAAUCAGCAAACAGACUAGAGCACUGAUGGAUAAACUGCAGAAAACCGUGUCCUCUGAGGGAAGGUUUAAAAAUCUGAGAGAGACCUUAAAAAAUUGCAACCCUCCGUGUGUGCCCUACUUGGGAAUGUAUCUGACGGACUUGGCCUUCAUUGAGGAGGGAACGCCAAACUUCACUGAAGAAGGACUUGUCAACUUUUCCAAAAUGAGAAUGAUUUCACACAUUAUCAGAGAGAUCCGGCAGUUCCAGCAGACGCCCUACAGGAUAGAGCAUCAAGUUAAGGUAACACAGUACCUCCUGGAUAAGACUCUGAUCAUGGACGAAGACACCCUCUACGACCUCUCACUGAAGAUUGAACCUAGGCUUCCUGCCUGA